AAUAAAAUAAAUAGAGCAUGGUUCUCAAGAGUUUAAAGUGAUUAUACAUUUUUUAUUAUUUUUGCUUUAAACGGUUAUAUAUCUUGUAUCUCAUCCACAAGACAUCAGUAGGAAGACAAAAUCGACAAACGGUUUACGUAAGAAAGUAUCUCUUGUUAGAAUCAUGGAUAGAUCAAAAAAGAAAUUGCAACUACCAAAAUCUGUGCUGGAUAUGAAAUUUAUGAGAAAAACUAAGGAAAGGAUAGAAAAAGAAUUAGAAAACACUCAAGGCCAUGAAAAUUUAUACUCUAAUAUUAUCACGGAUGAGAUGCGUACAGCGUCUGGCAACUAUGUAUCAGAGUCAAGUUUUAUAUUCUGCGAAGACUUGUUGGAAGGAAGACUUUCUUUUAAAGGGAUGAAUCCAGAGAUUGAACGUCUUAUGCGAGCUGACCAAAAUGAAGAUUGUGAUGAUGGGGAGAUGCAGAAAGAUAUAUCUGAUGAGAUUCUAGCCAAGAAAAUGGAAGCAUUUCAUAAAAGAAAAAGAGCAUCAAGUGAUAAAAAACCACAAGGACCUAGGAAUAAGAAGAAGCGAUUACAUGAACAGCCCAAGAAAACGGGUAAAAAUCUGAAUUCAGAUUCAUCAAAAUUGGCUUCCAAAACAGUAUCAUGGACUACAGUUGUAGACCCUGAAUAAAGAGUAAAUAUUUAAGUAUUGUCCAUUCUAUAUAAAAAUAUAAAAUGGAUCACCCAAUGUUUCCUGGUCUGUAUUUAACAGUAAGCCUCAUCUCUAUAUCACGCGCCAAACCAUCGAACAUUGGCAUUAGAACAUGCAACACUCCUAAUUGUACAUCGGUAGACCUUAUUACAAAAGGCAUAAGGUCCACCGAUGUACAGUUAACAUUGUAGGCGAUGGUACUAAUCAUUAGUACCUUUGUCCAAAUUAAUGUUAAUAAACUUGAGUACAUAAGAAAUGAAUUGUUUCACCAUGUUCAUUAUCAGGAAGAAAUAAAUGUAUAUAACAGAUA